GACUGCACAGAUUGGAGAGAACAAUCCAGGAAGAAUUUGAGAGUCGCGUGACGCUGACGUCAUGAGGUAGGCAGAAAAACAAUAAAGGACAUUGUCAGAAAUUAAUGAUCUGAAAACAAGAGAGGGUCCUAGAGCAGAGAUGAUCACGUUUCCCUGCUGUUGUUGCUUCUCUUGCGAAAACACUGAAAACGAGACUCAACCUCUUCUAGGGUCCAGUGAACAGAAUGGAGCAGCUUCAGCCAGACAGACUCUCUCAGCUCAAAGUGAUGGGCACAAGAGGAGUGGUAAACUGGUGAUGAGGCGAGUGGGUGUGCCUGACCUGGACCAGAGGUUUUCAGAUGUCGCUGAGACUUUUAAUGAGCAACAGCAUCGGUCUGAUACGACAGCGCACCUCCUACUAAACCUGCAAAAGAGAUAUGGCUGCUCACCGGGUGGAACACUGGCUUUAACAGGAAUUUUGAGAAAAAUUAGAGAGGAGCAUGAGGCCAAGUAUAGGAUUUCCAUGAAGCUCAAAGGUUAUGAUUUCUCUCUGUGUGUGAUUCAGGCAAAGUCAGAUGAAAAUGAUGCAGAACCACUGCCCUACCAUCUGCAGAGGGCUAUAGAUGAAUUUAAGGACAUUUCGGAGUCUGCAAAAGUCACUAUAGCAAAAGGUACAACACUUCAGGAACUGAUGGGCUGGCUCCUACGUAGCAAGGAUCACAUGGCUGAGCAAGUAAAAGGGGCUGCAGCAACCUUUCAAGAGCAAGGAAGACUAUCAGAGAACCUGGAGGAGAACAUGAAGGAAGUGAUGAGGGCCAAACGGUUAUCAAUGGAGUAUAGACAAAAAGCUGGAGAGCUUUUCAUUGAAGCUGCAGACAUAGCGGGGCCUCAUCUGUAG